AAGUGAUAAGGAUUUAUGGGGACAUAACGUCUUGACUCCCAAAAUGGGUCUGAUUGUGUGGACGUUAGUUCUCUGUGUUCUGAUGUACGAACCUGUGACUGAGUCCUGUCCUAGUGUCUGUAGCUGUCGAAGGAGUGCCUCCUGUGAUGGGACAUUUGUGAACUGUUAUGAUAGAGGGUUAACUGAAGUACCUACCAAUAUCCCCAUAGAUACAUGUAGCUUGUGGUUAAAUUUCAACAAGAUAACCAUUAUUCAGACCAAUGCCUUCAAUGGUUUGUCAAAUGUACAGUUUAUAGAUCUUGAAAGAAACAAAAUCACCACAAUAUAUGACAGUGCCUUCGCCAGCUUACACAAUUUAACUUACCUGUACAUUCAUAACAAUAACAUAACCGUAUUGGACAGAGAUAUUUUCCUGGGACUUUCAAAAUUAGAAACUCUUACAGUAGAAAACAAUCCUCUGCACUGUGGCUGCAUCUCAGCCGAGUUUGUCAGAUUUGCCAAAUUAAGAAACUUGAAGUUACGAUUAUGGUCUGAACCGACAUGUUCAACUCCCAGUAAUCUGACUGGAGUAUUAUUGCGGGAUCUGUCCUCAGAGGACAUGGAUUGUGACGUCACUACUGCAACAACGACAGGUACAGUUAUCAUUUUCUAACUUUAAAAACUCUCACUGAUUUGUCUGUGUUUCCUCAUAGACAACAUAUCCUAUAAUAGACACGUUUACAACACACUGUAAAUUACAUAUUUUCGUGGGGUCAAAUUUUCGUGGUUUGAGGAAAAAAUGUCGGUUCGUGGGGCUUUGGUUUCGUGGAUGAAGAACUUUUUAUAAGUAGUGCAUAUGAAAAUAUACAUUUCGUGGUGGACAUAAAUUCAUUGGUCUCUUUAUACCACGAAAACAACGAAAAUUAAACCCCCACGAAAAAUAGUGAUUUCACAGAAUCCUAUAAUAGAAAAUAGACAACAUAUUCAUAAUAGAAACAUAGACAAACAUAUCCUAUAAUUGAUACAUCGACAACAUAUUCUAUAAUUGACCCAUAAACAAUAUAUCCUAUAAUUGACACAUGGACAACAUAUCCUAUAAAUGACACAUAGACAACAUUUUCUAUAAUAGACACCUCUUUUUGGACUCAACUGAAGUUGAAAGGUGAGGUAAAAUUCAACAUUGUAACAUUGAUGUUGAAAGGGGUGACAAAGCAAGUUAGAGUAUAUUAACCUACCUUACUUAUGUGUACUUUACUUAUGUUUACUUUACUUACGUAUAGUUGUAAAUAUUCUUCUUUCAUGUAAAUUGGUUGAAUCCGAUUCGCCGAGAAACAUUUCCUAAAAGAUGACUAUUUCCCGUUGAAUAAUGAAGCCUCGCCGUCCAGCGCAGCAAAAGGCAACAUUGCAUGACGAAAAGUGAUUUACUACGAAAUAAAUGUUGACCUAACAUAAUUUAUGCGCGCAAGGUUCUCGUAAUAUG